AGCCCCUGAACGUGGGGGCGGGGCCUGGGAGAAGGGGCGGGGCGAGGGCGUGUGGGUUUCUGGGAUUAGCAGUUGGCAGCCCAAGACCGGCCUGCCCCUCCCCCAUACUGAGACCAGCCCGCCACGGGCCCCUAGGAACGAACCCCUCCGCUCCGUGUUCCCGGCGGGCGGGAAAGCCGCAGCCCCACCGGAAGCGGCUAGCCCGGAAGUGGAGUCAUGGCGUGCAGCGAGACGGAGCCGCCGGAGCAGGAGACUCUGCGCCGCUGGGAGCGGGAGCAGGCCCAGCUAAAGGCAAAUGUGAUUGAGGAGGACACUGAGGAGUGGCAGAAAGAUUCCACCUUUGCAGGACUGGAGAGAGUGGGAGGGGUGGACCUGUCUUAUGUCAAAGGAAACGACACAGUCGCCUGCGCUUCCCUGGUGGUUCUCAGCUACCCAGAUCUUGAGGUGCUAUAUGAGGAUUGCCAGAUGGUAACCGUGAGUGCCCCCUACGUGGCAGGAUACUUAGCUUUUCGAGAGGCCCCUUUCCUGGUAGAAGCUGCUCAGAGACUUCAGGAGCGAGAGCCUGGGCUCAGGCCUCAGGUGCUGCUCGUAGAUGGGAAUGGCGUGCUCCAUCACAGAGAUCCGCGACCUGCAAAUGGGAGGAGACGUAUUCCCUCUGAGGGGCACCUCCGGGAGAGUCCUGGGCAUGGCCCUGCGCAGCUACAAGAAGAGCACGAAGCCCAUCUACGUCUCCGUGGGCCACAGGACGUGCCUGGAGUCGGCGGUGCGCCUCGUCCAGUCCUGCUAGCGACCAGCAAACCUCAAAGCAAAACUGCCCAUUGGCGUCUCCCGACCAGAGCUGAUCAUGGAGUUUCUGAUCCCAUAUCUCGCCUCCUGACAGACUGGAGCAGUCUUACAGGUCAUCUAGUCCCAUAUCUCACUGCCGGCAGGGCCAGCACCCAGUGCGUCAGGAGACAGGCUCUCACAGUGGCACUUGGGGGCGUGUUAGGAGGGAAGGGGAAAAGCCUUCCCCAGGGGAAACAUGCCCGUAGAUCUCUUGGAAAUCAUUUUGACCCAGGUGCCCUACUCCUCACAGCUGCUUUCUGUCGCCUUCAGCCCCGUUCCCAUGCCUCUUCUUUGGGACUGGCUGCUAGACUCCUCCAGCUGACCUGGGGCAUUAGUUAAAGGGACAAAAUGUAUUUGCUGGUGACUCCUUCCAGGAGAAGAUUUGAGAACCAUCUCCAAGGAUUAGAAGGGUGUGAACCCAAGGAGGGAGAGGAAUUGUUCAGCACAGGGGUUCUUGGACUUUUUCAUAGUACGGGUCAUAACUUCAUGGAGAGUGUGUCAUAGACACUCAUAUGGACCUCACCA